AUCGAAGAUGCGACUAUUAGAUUCAGUAUCAUACUGUCAACAGCUUGUGGAAGCUGUGCCUGGGUCCGUUUGGUGAUCUGUCAAGCUGAAUGACAUGCAACACUUUAAAUUUGCAAAGGUUGUCGGUGCGCCGCUGUUUACGUUUAACAGUUUUCAAGUACAGAGGGGCAGAAACUUGAGAACACGACUGCUGUCUUGGGUAAUGUCAUGGAACUGCCCUCAGAGGAGAGACAUGGUGUCAUUAACGGCUGAUAAACCAGAUGACCUUAUUGACAAUCCAGUACAGUUGACAGUGUCAGGUCUGAAGGCAGGGCAAAGGGUCACAUGUCAUGCCAGCGUGGAAGAGAACAAGAAGAGAUUCAGCUCCCAUGCCCAUUUUCUGGCUAAUCAUUCAGGGGAGGUAAAUCUGGAAAGCUCUGCUUCGUUGGGUGGCUCCUACACAGGGGUUGAUGGCAUGGGAUUAUUUUGGAGCAUGUCUCAGAGCCCUGGUCAGCAGUCUGGGUUACGGCUAGCUAAGAAGGAUGUGACCACUCCUCUGGUUAUCCACCUCUCCUUGUACGAUGGCCACCAGACAGCUGCUGACCUCUAUGGUACUGACCAACUCCAGCCUCUGGCCAUGCAGACGAUUAACAGAUGGUACCUUAGUCACGAUGUCACUCGAUCAGAAGUCCGUCAUGGAAACAUCCGAGGAACACUGUUCACUCCAGCAGGUACUGGGCCUUUCAAAGGUGUCAUUGAUAUGUUUGGUACAGCUGGGGGUAUCAUGGAAUUCAGAGCAGCUUUGUUAGCAUCCAGGGGCUUCAUUGUGUUGUCUCUACCAUACUUCAACUACCAGGACCUGCCCAAGUCCCUCGUAGAUGUGGACUUCUCCUACUUCCUGGAAGCAGUGAACUGGUUCUCUGCGCUGCCCAAGGUUCACCCAGGAGGUGUUGGAGUUGUGGGUGUGUCCAUGGGUGGGGAGAUCGGGCUGUGGAUGGCUGUGCAUUGUCCACAGAUAUCAGCCGUUGUUAAUAUCAGUGGAAACCCCUUCCUGGGCUUAUAUCCCCUCAAGUUUGGGUCCAAAGAACUACCUGGUGUGGGGUAUGACUUUUCCAAGCUGACAUCAUCAGAGGAGGGAAUGGCUUUUCGACCAGGACUGCCAACAGUAUUAACAGACAAAAGCUUCUAUGCACCUAUUCAGAAGUCAAAAGCCAAAGUGUUGAUACAGUUUGGAGAUGAUGACCAAAUGAACCCUGUGGAGCCUCAAUACAACUACCUAGAGUGGUUACCUGAGAGUAAACGAGAGGACGUAGAACUGUGUGUGUACCCUCAGACAGGUCAUCUUAUAGAGCCUUCGUACAGCCCAUUCUGCAGGGCUUCCUUCCACAUACUCGUCAGAGACAAUGUCGUGUGGGGAGGUGAAGCUAGGGCUCACUCAGCCAAUCAAGUCAUAGCCUGGAGGAAGCUACAAGUAUUCCUGCAUGAAAAUGUUGGUCAAGAUACAGCAACAACCAAAGACUUCAGUCAUGCCAGUAGGUUAUGACAGUGUGCCACUGCAGGAUGUUCUAGGACAACAAGCUGAUAUUACUCAUUCCUAAUUGGUGAGAAUCAGUGAUUCUGCCAAACCAGCGUAUUUAGACAUCUGAAAUCUCUGGAAAAUGGAGGGUUUGCUAAGAAUCAGAUGCUGUCUCAUGGUAAAGUACAUUCAUUGAAGAAUGUUAUUCAUAGUUUUGCAGUGAUGCCAUGGCUAGUCUCACCCAAUCAUCAUCUGACACUUUAUUAUUUAUUUAUUUAUUUGAUUGAUGUUUUACGCCACACUCAAGAAUAUUUCACUUAUACGACGGCGGCCAGCAUUACGGUGGGUGGAAAUCAGGCACAGCCUGGGGAAAACCCACGACAAUCCACAGGUUGCUGGUAGACCUUCCCACAUAUGGCCGCAGAGGACCCCAGCAUGAGCUGGACUUAAACUCACAGCGACCACAUUGGUGAGAGGCUCCUGGGUCAUUACGAUGCGCUAACGCACUAACCAACUGAGCCACGGAGGCCCCUGUGACACUUUGAUCACCAUAUUGGAGGUGAAAACAAAGCGAGUUUACCUCAGGUGAAACAGGCCUUAGGUAACAUUUUACCAUAAAAAAUGAAAAUAUAGCUUCUAGGAAAGAAAUUCUUUCUGGAAAAGUAAUCAGAAGGUGCCAAAUAUGCAUGGCAGUUUCAGUCUCUUGAAGUACUCUAAUCUUCAGGAAUCUGCAAAAAUCCGCAUUUUACCCUUUUAGCGCCAUGGUAUUUAUCACCUCCUGUUUCUUGCAAGGAACCCAGGUGCUCGAAACUAUGAAUUUUUACAAUAUCGGUAAACAUUUUGCCAUGCUGGUUUGGCCAUUGGAAAACAUCAUCAUGGAUCAAGUUUAGGGAGUUGAUGUUGUGGAUGGUAAAUGUGCGUCUGUAAAAUAUGGUGUUGGAACUGCUUUAAAUGUGUGAUGCAGAAGAAAACUGUCUGUCUGAUUUAAUGGUGUGCAGGCUUGUAAAUGUAUAGGCCUACCCAAUCUCUGAAUUUCCAAACAAGACUGAAGUUGAUGUUGUUUGGUCGGUAAAUGUGCACCUGUAAUAUAUGGUGUUGAAACUGCAGUAAAUGUGUGACGCAGAAGAAAACUCUGAUUUAAUUGUCUGCCGGUCUGUUACUCUUGUAAAUGUACAGGCCUAUUUAAUCUCUGAGCUUCCAAACAAGACAUCAGCACUCAUGACUAGUCAUUAAAGCAUUCAUGAAAAGUGUUUGCACCUCAUUUUAAUAGUUUAUGACGUGUUCCAAAAUGAUGAAUACAAAUAAGGUUUUUGUUUUCAUCUUAGAGUGGUAAAAAUGGUGUUAAAGCUGAUUAAAGACUGUCCGCACUCACCAGUGAACUCAGCUGUUGGUGUGCUAGGCCAGUGAAGUAGGCUAUGAUUCUAUGCGUCAAAACAGACAUUCAUAUACCAACCAUCAACCAGUAAGGACGUUCCAGGUCAAUAAUCACAAGGUCAAAUUCCAAAACCUUGUAUAGCACAAAUCACUAGAUCUAAGAAAGUAUAAAAAGUUCGAAAAUAGGACUGCACGCUAUCAAAACAACUACUUGGGGGGUUACUGUGGAAGUGAGACUACGAACAUUAUGAUGUUUCGUUUUAUGGUAAAUUUAUGUAUUCUGUAAAUCUACUGUCUGUUCAACCACUAUAGCACUUUUGUCAGUGGAAUUUAUUCAUACAUUUAUCAGGAAAAAGACACUAAAAAGGAUUUGUUUGAGUCAUUAAAGAUGCAAGCUUCAGAAAAUUUCUGUACACCCCAUAGUUCUAUCAAAAUGUUUCAAAAUAUUGGUUUGCAGUGGCGGUUGAAAACUGAUGAAUUAUGGUGUAUAGGCCCUAAUUAUCUUUAUGCCUUGAUAUUUCUAAUGAAUAUAGAAGCACAUGUAGAUGAUGUAUGAUUUAAAGGAAUUCAAAUAUAGAGUGUUUAUUGUGCUUGUUAUGUGUGCUACAUAGUAUGUUUUUACAUAAGAACGUUUAUUGAGUAGAUGGUAUGAGGUGUCGAAUCUCUCCGUUUCCUGCCCAGUUUGUGCUACCAUAUACACCUCAGCAUUAGGGUAUGACUGAGUGGAGAAAUGCUGAAAUACUGCAUAAACUAUAAUCAGGUAAAUGAACAGUUAACAACUUAAUUAUGUUUUGUUGUAAUCGGUGUUAUAAUUUAACAGUAGGUGGUGGAUGUUUUAAUCAAUAGGUAACGGUGUAAACGUAAUUUGCAUGUAUUUUGGAAAACAAUAUUUGCUAAUGUGCACACAGUUUUGUCAUCCAUAAUUUUAUACAUGUGCACACGUACAUAAAAUCCUCAUUUGGGAUUUUGUUUGCAGAUUUGAGGUAAAACUCCACUCAAGUAAAUAAAUCAAUAACCGCUUCACUUAAAUGCGUGUAAGUCCUGCUGCGUGUAGAGCGUGCUUGAUAUUUGUUGUUUUAGGCAAACCUAUACGCCAGGUACAACUGACAGUUACAAAUGUAUGUUACUUUGUUGUAUUAUUGUGUCCCUUCACUGUAGUUCAUGUACUUGAAGGAGUUUAAUUCACUCGCCUAUCAUGUAUUGCAAUAACCUUUUAAUGAGUAUAUCGGCCAAGGGCUUGACCUGAACGAUACUGCACAUAUAUAUACGCGUACACUCAUUUUUACACUGAAAUCAUAUACACGGUAAACAUUUAGCUGUUUCAAUCUAUCCUGAUUAAACAUUUUAAAAUGCUAUAUUUCUCCAUCUACCGCCAUUAUACCGUCGUCCUCCGGGGAGUGCAUUAAAACUCUUUAUAACUUUCGUCCGUACAUCGCCAAUAAAAUCGAUCUCCUUUUACCGGCCCAAUCGAACCAGGCAGGGAGGACAAACACGCCUAUGUCCAAGUUUCAUAAAAGCCGUUAGGAUUACAUCAUAUCGUAUUACCUUGUAUGGUUAGUGGAAUGGAGUAUUUGAAUUCACAACGAGAAAAUCGUUCCACGCCAAUUAGCUGCACGAGACAUGCGAUACUUCAAUGCAGAGGCGAUCUAAAUGAAAAGGAACUGCAGAUUUAGGGACAAGAAUGCCAUUUAUAUUCGCUCUGGCUUAUAAGCUAUAGUUGUGAAAGCAAUAUGCACAUUGCGUAGUUUUGUUGUCAAUUAACGUUGCUUAAU